CGUUUCUGUGACGCGUUGGGAGCCCUGGAGAUGUCAGGAAUAGGAACAGGGGGAGUGCGCCCAUUCACUUUGUGUGGGGCCUGGCACGGGCACGGACUUCCUUCAGUACAAAAUUCGCGCAACUCCAUUUCUCUCUCACUGCCACACCACAUUUUGUGCCUAAAAACGCCUCAUCUUGAAGGUAUAACAGCCUCUUGCAAACACACAUCAACUGAUCAAACACGCCGGUUCCGCAUACCGCGAACCUGGCCCCAAUCCACAUCUAGACUCGCCUUUGGUCAAGUCAAAGGCACCCUCGAUCACCACGGCCCUGCGCGCAGGCACUCGAGUAGUCAGCCAAAUUGCAUCCACACGAGCACACCGCGACAUCCUCAACAGCAUCCCACCUCCACCGCCUGCUGGUCCAUAAAGAGCCAUCCGAUCUGCUUUUCGAGUUGUUCCAACAACUACCACAAUCAGACUCCUCGCCCUCUCAGCUGCCGCAUAAGAGCCACCUUGAAGCUCUUCCCUUCCCCGGGGAGGAGUCGGGCGUUCGCUACCCAGGUCAACUGCGCUUGGCUUUUGCACCCUUCAAGCCACCUUAACAGUCCUUUCGAGUCAUCCAGACAUUAAUCGUACCCAUACCUGCAACAAGGGUAUGGCACCUUCCGCAAUCGACAUCUUCACCAACGAUUACGAGAGCUUUUCUCUGAAAAAGACGACAGAGUUCAUCGAUAAUCUCUCCGACUACGAAGGCGGAGCAGAGAUUUACGAUGGCGUUAAAGAAGCCAGGCAAUUGAUUGGCGCUGCCCUGCAGAGCCACAUCUCUAAUAUUGACACCGACAAUUGCGAGCCAGGCGCAGAGGAUGCCUUCUUCGUGGCUGACCUGGGAGAGGUCUAUAGGCAGCACAAGCGCUGGCAGAAGCACCUGCCACGUGUGACACCGCACUAUGCAGUCAAGUGCAACCCAGACCCGCGUGUACUGGAGAUGCUCGCUAGAUUGGGAGCUGGGUUCGAUUGUGCCAGCAAGGCUGAGAUCGAGCAGCUUGUGAGCAUGGGUCUCAACCCGGCCCGCAUCAUCUACGCCCAACCAUGCAAGACCAAGAGCUAUUUGCGCUACACCGCGAAGACGGGAGUCAAGCAGAUGACAUUCGACAAUACGGAUGAGCUGUACAAGAUCAAGGACAUCUACCCAACUGCGGAGCUCUUCCUCCGCAUCUCUACGGAUGACUCAGCUAGUCUGUGCCGCCUGAGUCAGAAGUUCGGCGCAGCAAUGGAUGUCACAAUGGAUUUGCUCACAUUGGCCAAGAACUUGGGCUUGAAUGUGGUUGGCGUUGCCUUCCAUGUUGGUUCGGGAGCUUCCGAUCCAGAGGCGUUCCGUCAAGCAGUCCGCGACGCUCGCAUCGUCUUCGACCAGGCUGCAGCUCUGGGCUUCGAGAUGCACACCCUUGAUUGUGGUGGAGGAUUCGUCUCCGAGACUUUCAACGAAAUGGCUCCAGUCCUCGCCCAUGCACUUGACGAGCUCUUUCCACCAAGUGUGCGCAUCAUCGCCGAACCAGGACGCUACUACACCAGCACCGCAUUCACCUUGGCUUGCAACGUUAUCGCUCGUCGCACUGUCGAGGACAAGCAUCUUGGUGGUGGGAACAGCUACAUGCUUUACAUGAACGAUGGUGUCUACGGAAACUUCUCAAGCAUCAUCUUCGACCACCAGCAACCGGUCCCGCAGGUCCUCCGCACGCAGCAUCGCCGCGAUGGCUUCAACUACUCCACCAUGCAGGAGUCUCUGCUUGACUCUGGCUACGCCUCAGCUGAAGAGGAGUCCAACAACCGCACCCAGCCAAUCACUUACUCCGUCUGGGGCCCAACUUGCGAUGGCAUCGAUGUGAUCACCCAGAAGUGGCUCUCCUCCCACCUGGUCGAUGUCGGUGAUUGGCUCUACUUUGAAGAAAUGGGUGCUUACACCAAGUGCUCUGCCACUCGUUUCAACGGAUUCACGGACAAGCAUGAGACGAUCUACGUCUGCAGCGAGCCAGAUGCCGCCAUGCUUAUGGACAUGUAGAGGUGGAAAUUCACAUUGACUACUGUACAGGCUGCGAUGCCGAUGAUAAUAGAUUGGGAUGGCUUUUUUUUCGAAUUCUUUGACCGAGAGACGCGAUGAGGAGGAGAGGACAACUGAAAAGCAUUGUGGCUUAAUGUUUCUUUGCGUAGAGUAUAUGGUAUCAAAACUUUUGGCGGCAUAGA